AAAUUGUUCCCCAAUUCCACUGUCAUACUAAAUGCUUCAUGAAACCUACCUUUCAGGUUUCGGCAUUUUAUUUUAUUUGGCCGUGCCUGGAAUAUGUCUAUGGAAAUGCCUUGUAAAUAUGCUGCGAUAAUAACACGAGAAAUAUUUCCAUAGAAGAGAGGCACAGACCGCAUGAGUAACUCCGUGGGUCAGACAGCUUUUCUGGACAAAAGGAAUAGGUGACGUUUCGGGUCGAGACCUUUUUUCAAACAGUCAGGGGAUAAGGACAUUUCUACUCGGGACCACACUUUGCAUCGUUCAGUAGAAAUAUUAUUAACUCGAUCUUUUGAGCUCUUGGGAGGUGUUUUGCCAAAAAAAACUCUGCAGGAAUGUUGUGAAUUCAGGUCUCAUCGAUUGCUUCAGUCUGACACAAUGUCAACACGAUAAAGUUGGUGAAGUGUCCAAGGGUUAGGACUCUACGAGAUUCGCUGUUGCAUUGUUUAUCUUAGCGACAGUGCAAAAGGUCGGGUUUUAUUGAAUUGCAGCGAUGCCUUCAGAAAAUAGGAAAAACAUGGUUAAAGGCCAGUUGCCGUUUAUUGGGAUUUGCAACUUUGUGGCCAAAAGGGAUAAUUCGGACCGGGAAAACUUGGUGCCAAUUGAAAGGGCAACUACCUGGAGAAAUGUACAGCGCCGCAGAACUCAGUCCAGACAGGUCACUAUUCUGCCGACUGUGGACGAGCUUCAGGAAGCAGAGGGACAUCCACUCGAAAACAUUCAAGAACCAGAACAAAUCAACAGGCCGAAUUGUAAAAAGGUUCACCUUGCUUUCCUUCCUGACAAAUACGAGCCUUUGGUCGAGUGUGCGGCCGAGAGCGCGAACGAGGAGAGCCGGGCAGACAAAAAGUACAAAAGAAAACAAAAGCUUAAAAAAUGCAGGAAGAACAUUGUUAAAGUGCUUCGUGCUGGAUGGCAUUACUUUAUUCUUGGCAUACAAGAAUUUGCAAAUAAUUAUACAACUCCGUACUCAACUUCUUUUGCUGUGAUUGCUGAGAUGCGCUGAGGGCCCGUGGACAUUGAAAGAUUUCAUAUCUUGCAUUUUAUUUUCAUAUCAAUGACAAAAUUGAAAAAAAUAUAUAUACAGGUACUUUUAAAAGGAGCUCCAUGUGAACUGAAUAGUUAUUAAGCCAAAGAUGGCAAUACAUUUUAAAUGUCUACCAUUUUAUUAAUAAUGAUUGAUAAAAAUAAAGCAAAUGCAUACAUUUGAUUAUUAUUAUUACUACUAAUAAGGCAUGUCAUUUUAAUGAAUUGUAAUCAUGAAUUAUUCUGAGCUGUAGUCUCAAUUCCCUAUUGCUAAUAAAUCACAGAUUAUAUAUUUUAAAUGUUUCGCAGUGUUAAUUUAUUUGUGACGUUUUUUUUAUUUAUUACUGACAUGCCCUCCAGUGGCCUAUAGAUAGUGGAUAGACAGGAGGUGAUGCACUCUGGAUGAUGAUAUUCUGUUCUGUCAUCUAUUCCAUUUGUGUGGUAAAUGAAAAUCCCAGUUCCUCCAGCUUUUUUAUAUCUGUUCUGAUGAUGAUGCUUUCACUGCAGGUGUUGGAGUGAAUAGGAUAUUCUCAGAUGGGGCAAAAAGUUCAAUAGGUUAUUGGAGUUUAGAAGAAUGAGAUGCAUUCUUCAGAACCAGCAGAUUCUGACGAAAGGUUAUCAAACUGUAACAGUGACAAAGUUCUUCUUUCUACAUGCACUGCUUUGACCUGUUGGAUACCUUUGGCGACUUUCAACAAUUUCCAUGUUUUUCUCUCUCAUCUGUCUAUCUAGUUGCACCUCUCUCUAGGCUGAUCAGUUAUAGCAAACAAGCUUUUGCUACUCACUCACUUGGGACCAUCUUCCGUUGUAUAAUUGAAUAUCUUUUACGAGCAGCCUAUCAUUUUCUUUGUUCUUUCCGAGCCUCCUUUUCAUUUCUACCUACGACAUGUGUCAUUUUAAAGUUUUCCUUGUUCUUGUGAAAGCUCAUUGAAACAUAACUGUUUCUCUGCACAGAUGAUGCCUGACCUGGCACCUUGCUGUAUUGAUAGCUCUUGGCUGUUCACUCUAGUUCUAUGUUAUCCCUCUCUCUCAUUUACUCCCUAUGUACUUUGGGUAAUUUUACAGAGGCCAAUUAACCUACAAAACCACUUGUCUAUGGGAUGUAGGAGGAAACCGGAGCUCCUGGUGGAAACUCACGCCAUCACUGGGAAAAUGUCCAAUCUCCAUGCAGACAGCACCCGAGGACAGGAUCGAACCUGGGUCUCUUUUGCUGUGAGGCAGCUCCACCAGCUCCCUUACUUGUUGAAGAUUUAUUUGUAUGGUGUGAAUUUUACCUGCCAAUUGAUGAUACAGGCCUAAAUGUUGUCUACACUUUGUGGACAUGGACAUGCAAACAUGGACUGUUUCAUUAUCUAAUGGACUGAUAAUGAAGCUGAAGAUUUGUGAUCGUCAACAAAUUGCUUUCCUUUUGUCUUAACAGUGAGAUGAAGAUCAUUCAUAUUUUGGACUGACAUUGUCCUGAUACAUUUCUGCAGCAGUGUCAUAAAGUAAUGACAAUUAACCUCCAGCGACUAUAAUCAUCUCCAUAUGUCGCAGUAACAACACCGGUUUCACUCAGAUUGGUGAUUUAACCAUUUGUGAUUCCAUAUUUGGGCGGUUGUCAAAAGAUCACUUCACCUCUACAAUUCAGAAUCUGUAAGGAAACAUAACCAACAUUGUUGACUGGGUUAUUGAAAAACAAAUACUGCUUGAUGCCACACUUUGGUUUGUUCUUUCAUUCUUGCAUUACAAGACAAUAUCAAAUAUUAAUAGAGAAUGGAUGUGAGGUGUAUAUGAUACAGUGAUGGUCAUUCUAUUAACUUUUACUGCAGAGAAAGACAUUCAAUCUACCCUGGUGUAAUCAAUGAAAUAUUAAUAGCAUGUAUUUUCAAGUGGUUUAAAAUAAAAACCGUAAUAUAUGUCUUAGGAGCAGUAGCAAAGUAACUACUAUA